AUGUAGAAAAAUGAUGACAAAACUAAUGUUCAUAUAUUUUUUAAAUACAAUGGAUCUUAAUUUUUAGAAUAAUUAAUUCUUUUAUCUUUGUUUAAGAGCCAUAGUCUGCUGGAAGAAAAUUCAAUCUCUAGAAGAAGACAUAAAUUAAUUUAGGCAACCGUAUAAUAAGACUUAAGCUUAGUACAAAAUAAUAAUCAUUUAGCUGACUCUGCAAUUGCUAUAUACAAAAGAAUUAAUCAGAUGUGAUUCUCUAAUAUCUUCCAUUAGGCCAAAUGUUUUUAAACAAGGGUAAUUAAUCAAUUUUAUAAAGUUGGAUACCAACAUUACCAUAAGUCGAGUAAAAAAGAAUACUUAUAAAAUAAUCGAGGGUUUAAAUACAACCUAUUAUGGUUAAGAAAAAAAUAGAAGAUUAUGGCCUGGAGAGAGGCUUUAUUAAUGGAAACUAUUAAAUUAUAUAUAAGUAAGAUACUAUAAAUCCAAAAUUAUUAAUGCAUAUCAUCACAUAUUAUGGAAUUUUAAAUAAUCUUGGAAAUGCUGACAAACACAAAAUAGAAUUUGAAAAUAUACCAUUUACAUAAGACUGGUUAAAUUGA